GACCUUCCAAUAUAUCAAAGGUAGCAAUGGCAAUGUCAGCCAAUGCCCCUCACACCCUUCUCCUCAAAAACCCUAGCAUCUUGAAAACCUCAACCUCAACCACCCCCGGCAUCCAUGUCUUCCCGAUCGCACGCGCCACCGCCAAACCCAUCUCAAUCAAAUGUUCUUACUCCGCCACUGUUGUUGCACCACCAACCUCCGCCUCCGCCCAAGAUCGCGUUUUUAAUUUCGCUGCUGGACCCGCCACACUGCCGGAAAAUGUUCUUCUAAAAGCUGAAUCGGAGCUAUACAAUUGGCGUGGGGCUGGGAUGAGUGUGAUGGAGAUGAGUCACAGAGGGAAGGAAUUUCUUUCCAUCAUCCAAAAAGCAGAAUCAGAUCUGAGGAAGUUACUCGACAUCUCUGAAGAUUACGCCGUCCUCUUCCUUCAAGGAGGCGCCACCACCCAAUUCGCCGGGAUCCCUCUCAACAUCUGCAAACCGGAUGAUUCGGUUGAUUACAUCGUGACCGGAUCGUGGGGCGACAAGGCAUUCAAGGAAGCAUCGAAAUACUGCAAACCUAAAGUGAUCUGGUCCGGUAAAUCGGAGAAGUACACCGGGAUCCCGGCGUUUGAUGGGUUGGAUCAGAAUCCGAACGCCAGGUAUUUGCAUAUAUGCGCCAAUGAAACUAUCCAUGGUGUUGAGUUCAAAGAUUACCCAACACCUAAGAACAAAGAUUCACUGCUGAUUGCAGACAUGUCUUCGAAUUUCUGUUCGAAACCGGUGGAUGUUUCGAAAUUUGGCAUCAUUUAUGCCGGAGCACAGAAGAACGUUGGCCCAUCUGGGGUUACGAUUGUGAUCAUUAGGAAAGAUUUGAUCGGAAAUGCUCAAGAGAUCACACCUGUGAUGUUGGAUUACAAGAUCCACGCAGAUAACAAUUCGUUAUACAACACACCACCAUGUUAUGGGAUUUACAUGUGUGGAUUGGUGUUUGAGGAUUUGUUGGCACAGGGUGGUUUGGUGGAGAUUGAGAAGAAGAAUGUGAAGAAGGCWCAGAUUCUGUAUGAUGCAAUUGAUGAGAGUAAAGGGUUUUAUCGAUGCCCGGUUGAGAAAUCGGUGAGAUCGUUGAUGAAUGUGCCUUUUACGCUUGAGAAAUCGGAAUUGGAAGCUGAGUUUGUGAAAGAAGCUGCUAAAGAGAAGAUGGUUCAACUGAAGGGGCAUCGAUCGGUUGGUGGAAUGCGAGCUUCGAUAUACAAUGCUAUGCCUUUGGCUGGUGUUGAGAAGCUGGUUGCUUUCAUGAAGGAUUUCCAAGCAAAACAUGGUUAGAACUGGGGGUUUAGGGUUUUGUUUUUGUAGCAUUUUGUUGUUGCUUGCUCUGUUUUUGAUCAUGCUGUUAUGUUACUAUGUCUUGUUUCUGGAUCUCUUAUUACCCAUAGUCCUUUGGAGGAAAAGGGAUGGAUGAAUUGGAUUUCAACAUGAAUGAUUAGGUAGUUCUGUGAUUUCAUUCUGGUUUUAAGAAGUGUUUAUUGAAGC